GCUCUGCUCUCAACUCCUGGUGUUGUGCACACAAUUCUCUCUCCGACGUGCUUUCGGGCCGAAUAUCGCCGAGCAGGCAGUGGUUCGGGUCUUCUAGCCCGACCGGUCAAAAUGCAAAUUGAUAUUGUCCGGGCGUCUACGGGUCAAAUGGCUAACUCCAAUGGAACACCCUCCGAUGGUACUACAGACCGAGAACUCUACGCUGUCAGCUUUCAACUUCUCUCUGGACCAACGCGAAGAUUCAAACGGUUGUGCGAACAACUUCAAGCGCCUCUCGUAGCUGGAACAGGGUCUUCCUCUCGUCUUUGGUCAUCCCCAGUUUCAAUUGCGAAACAGCGGUGUCUUGAUAAAGUUACAAGUGGAAAUGGGGAAUCCAAACUUCUUGAUGGCAAAGGAGUAGCACUGGCCCCACUAGCCAACGCGAAUGAUGAAAGCAGUCAAUGGUCUUUCGUUGACACAGAAGGUACCGGUGAAAAUGCCGCUAGUAGUAUCAGUACCCUCUGCUCCCAAUUCGAGGCAAGCUUAGCUGCUAAUGAUGAAAAAAUGGAGUCUGUUCUCUCUGCUGAUACCGAAACACCACAAGCAGCCACAGCAGAAAGCAGUUGA